AUACCUACCAAAAAAGAGCUCGUUACUUUAACAAUUCUGCUAACCUAAUAACCAAAAUUGUUCUUUUAAACACAUUUAGUAUAUCGUAUCAUCCAUUCUAUUUCCAAUGUGUGGGAGAACAGCUUGUGGUAAAAAUCCAAAAAAUAUUUGUGAAUUGUGCACGUAUACUAAUUCCAAUAACAAGCAAGAAUCUCCUACAUAUAUUGAAUAUGGAGGUAAAUUUGCCCCCUCUUACAAUAAACCCCCACAAACUUACAACCCCAUAUUGAUAAACUCAAAACAUAUAGACCCAAUUAAAGCUUAUUCUGAACUAGUGAUAAUUCCCAUGUAUUGGACUCUAAUUCCUAGUUGGUUUAAAAAGGGAAGCAAUUUUAAACUUAGGACAAUAAACUGUAGAAAAGAAGGGGUAAUGUUGAAACCCAUGUUUAAAAAUGCACUUAAGCAUAAGUAUCGAUGUAUAGUUUUAGCUGAAGGCUAUUAUGAAUGGCAAAAGCAGCCGAAUGAGAAAAAUAAGCAACCCUAUUUUUUCUAUUUUCCCGAAUGCGGAAUCUUACCAAACGAUUUAGCGCAAGUCAAAAAUGUUGGAAAUGACCGGGAAUACGUUUGGUCUUGUCCUAAGCUUUUAACCAUGGCUGGUUUAUUUGAUAUACACUGUGAAGAACCUGAAUCGAAACUGUACUCUUAUACUAUAUUGACUGUCCCAGCUCAUCAAUCAGUUUCUUGGAUACACGAUCGUAUGCCUGGAAUUAUAGAUGGGGACGAUAACAUUAAGAUGUGGUUAGACGCCGAUAUACCAUCCGAGAAAGUUAUGCACCUCGUGGAGCCUUGCGGCAAAUUGCAUUAUCAUCCCGUUUCGGCCUUAGUCAAUAACACGCAAAAUGUUGGGCAAGAAGAUAUCUAUCCAGUCGCUCUGCCGAAUGCAAAGUCUAAGAAAAUCAAACAUGAGCUAGACCCAAGUGAUCAAGGUAUAAAACGAUAUUUUAACCCAACGCCUAAAGAGGGUCAUCGUCGAAAAACAACAAAUGAUACGGACACUAGUUUUGAACCGAGUGAUAUUUCAGAACCUGGAAAAGUAUACGAUAAAACCCUAAAGUCGGAAUUCGAUAAGGAAGAAUCAAAUGAAAGCACCAAUACCAAAGUUAAAAUUGCUCUACCAACCGGCACUAAGAUCGAACAUUAUAAUUUUUCUAUAUAUGACAAAGAUGGUGAAGACGAUGCAAUUAAUCAAGCUAAUAUGAAUAAAAAGACUAAUUACAAGAAAAAAAGAGCUAAAUACGAUCAAACACCCAAGACCCUCUAUAAAAGCUCCAAUAAAGAAAAUAAGAAAUUUAAUGACAAAUUAACUUUACAAUAUUCCCGCAAUCGCCUACAAACUAACGCAAAUUACGACGGACAGAAAGAUAUUGAUGACAAGGUUUCAAACGGUAAAGGAAAAAAUAAUGCAGGACAAAGAAAUAAAAAUGUAGAACCGGUUGGCCUUCAAAGCACCGAUCACACCAAAAUUUACGAAUAUAUUGAAGAAGGUAGUCACGAUAGUUCUUAUAGCGAGAAUGAAGUGGCGAAGAAAGAAUCGAGCAGCCAAUCUAACCAAGAUUUGUCUUCCAGUGAAUACGAUGACAGUAAAAAGGAAAAUAUCAGCAAAAAGAUAGGCCGAAGAAUAAAAUAUGAUGGGAAAAAUCAAUCUAAUAGUAGGAGCCAAACUAACAAUAAGUACUAUCGUAAGAACAAAAACAUCACGAAUGUUUCAGGAAGAGAACAAUUAUUAUCCUCUAAUGAAUCUGAACAAAUUGACGAAACUCAAAAUGAAAAGGAAAAUCAGAACAAAGUUAUCAAUAAGAAUAAAAACUACACAAAAAUAUCAAGUAUGGGGAAAAAAAUAGACCAUAGGAAAUAUACUUAUUCAAACAAACAAUCUUCAGUUAAUAGCAAAAAAAAUUUAAAGAAGGAGAAAAAUUUAGAUCAUAGUUUUAACAGCGGAUAUAAUGGUGAUAAAAGAAGGAGAAACAGUAUUGAUAUGACUUUGGAAGAAUCUGAGGCUCGAGUUAAGAGCGUUUCUAAUAAUAACAAAAGAACGGUACACGAGAAUAACGUCGAAAUGAAUUCUUACGAUUUGAGGGUUAAAAAUGAUUCUAUUGGUCCUGCAAAAGAAAAAACCAAACAUCUCCUAAGUAAAAAUCAAGACAUCCGCGAGGAUAAAAUGACUAAAAAAAGAAUCAAAUCACGGGGAGUGAUAAAGAGAAAAAUGAUAAAAGGGGGUCCUAAGAGUGACAAGAAAAUAACUGUUUAUCAAGAGUUGGUUUCAAAUGACGGCAAACGUUCCUAUAACAAAGCCAGAAGGGUUAAGAAAUCUGGUAAAUCCAAAAGCACCAAAAAUCGGCCUAAAAAUUACUAGUCAUAAAGGUAUAUUUAAAGUGGGUAAAUCUUCUUUUUCUAGCCCAAAACUUAUAAAUCAUAAACAGAUUUAAACCUUCUUUGAAAUUUUCAAAUAUAUUUUUAAGAAAAAUGAUACUCAUAUAAUGUUAUAAUAUAACUUUUUAAAUUAUACAAAUUUAAUAUAUUAUAAAAAUUAAACAAUUAUUUUAGAUAAUAAUAUUUAAUAUACAUUACAUUUAGUUAUUUAAUAUCAAUU